AUGACAAUAACUUUUAAAUGCUGUUUGGGUGCAGGAUCAAACCAGAUUUCCAAUGUUAGUGAGGAAGUUGGAUCUAUUUCUGGGGAUUCUGAUUUUCAAACCAAAGAAUUGUUCCUUCCCUUCCGCUGCUUUUGUACACGUAAAGAUAUACAAUGCCAAGAAGUCGUCGUAGAAGAUACAGAUGUUGUGAAAGCAAUAAUUGAAUGUGUUAAGCAUUCAGCAAUUGAGGUUUUGGUUCUCGGUGCUGCUUCAAAAGGAGGUCUUCUCAGGUACGUGUCGUCUGUAUAG